AUGUCUUUGAUUCCGGAAGGAGGCAGAAUGGCAUUGUCGCCGUCGCUACCUUCAGAGUCUUCCACUGCUCUCUCAGAGUCGUCAACCAACGAGAAUAAUAAUCAAUUUACAUCCAUCACAGUUGAAUUCAUCUAUUCAGGAGAAUCAUCAUCAUCCUCCUCCUCUACCAAGAAUGGUGCCCGCAAACGCAUCACCAAGGCACCUGCCGCGGUACAAAAGCUUCUUAUUCGUCCUACCGCUGCCUCAUUGCCCAAUCGGCUGUGCGAAAAGUGUCAUGACCUGCACGAAGUGGUAAUGAUAGAACAAGAAGAAGAUCAUGAAGCCAUUAUUGUCAAUAGCAGCAUAACGAUUUUGCAGACCAACACAAUCAAACCAGCUUGCCAACUCAAAACAAUUGGAGACUACGCCUUUGCGGAGUGUAUUAAGCUACCAAGAAUUUCGAUUGCUUGGUCGGUCGAAACCAUUGGCAAGAAUUCAUUUGCCAGGUGCAACCAGUUGGUUCAAGUAGACCUCAAUGCUGCUGUGUCAAAACUAAAGCAUAUCGGAUUCUGCUCCUUUUAUCAGUGUACGGCCUUGGCGCGAAUUUACAUUCCAUCGACUGUAGAAGAGAUUGAAGGCCAUGCCUUUCAUGGCUGUAGAUCCUUGAAAGAAGUCAAGCUGCUAGCAGCCUUUGAACAACCAAAAGACGAAGAACUCCGUUUGGGAUCCUUGGUGGUUGGUCCAUCCGCCUUUCUGGAUUGUUCUUCCUUCGAAAAAAUCAAAAUUCCAUCCAGUCUCGAGAAACUUCCCAAGAGUUGCUUCCAUUCAUGUAGCAACUUGAAACAAGUCUCCCUUCCCGAAGGUCUCAAGAAAAUCAAGGCCAGCUCGUUUCUCAAUUGCAUUUCGUUAAACUAUGUCAAGAUUCCAUCGACAGUCGAAACAAUUGAACAGGAUUCCUUCAAGGGAUGUUCAGCUUUGGAGGGCGUCGACUUUGGUAGCCCUCAUCAUCAACAACAACAACAACAGUCAAGCCUUCUAAAACACAUGGAAUGGGAAGCAUUUAUGGAUUGCAUUGCGCUGAGAAAAAUGUGGAACUAUCGGAAGGAUCGAGUCCAAGAGAUUCAGCAUUCUGCCUUUGGUAACUGCCUUGCGCUCCAAGCGGUUAUUUUGCCCCAGUCGGUGGAAUUGGUUGGGAUUUGGGCCUUUGCCAGCUGUCCGCGGUUGGUGACGGUCGAAAUUCCACCGACGGGAAUGUCUCCUCAAUUUCGGAUUCGCAAGGAUGCCUUUGUCCAUUGCAAGGCCAUGAUCAAUGUAUCACUGCCCAGAUCUCUAAGCGAAGAAUACAAGAUUCAUGGACUCGACAACAGAUUUGGUUCUGGAUUCGGCGAGAAUGGAUUUCAAGGAUGUACUUGGCUCGAGCAGCAAUAUGGAAGGGAUCUAGCUCCCUUUUUUAUGGGUGAAGUCAGCCGAUUUGGAGACGAUUACCCGAUCCACAAAUUGUGUUAUCAUUCAUCAGCAACGAGUGUGCAAACAUUGCGUAAAGCCAUUCAAAACCACCAAGUAGCAAAGAAGGAUGAUAGGAAUGACAUUGUGGAUGACUUUGGCAUGUCACCCUUUCAUAUACUCCUGACUGCUGGGAAGCGGCGAGUCGAUUUGCUCGAGGUGCUGCUAGAGACCUAUCCAUCCUACAUUUUGGGUUGGGAGGAUGUCACCGGGAAAAAGGCCAUUGAAUAUUGCUUCUUGGGAUGGAUGCUUGUAAAAAGUAGUACAGUGUUGAAAACGUGGUCGCCAUGCUGGAAAUCAGCACUAGAGACAACUUGUGAGCGACAGAUUGGACGAGUACAAAAGGGUGCAAAUAGGGACGACAGAAUGCUUAUGGCAGGUUUGAUCGUCUUGGAAGUCCAAGACUCUGGUGGCCGUUUCUUGGAGCACGAUGACAAUGGCAUCUUGAAAGUGGCCAGCUUUUUGGCAGUCAUCCUUCUGUUCCUUCAACACUUCCUUUUGACGAGACAAGGCUUUCGGAAGGCCCUUGUAGCGACAGCAGAACUCAGUGUCAAGAAUCAAUACAAUGUCAACAGAACGGACACUCAAUUCCAACAGGAUACAAACAGUACGGGAGGUGAUGAGCUUGCUGUAUCGAAACAAGACUAUGAGAACCAUGUGCAACCCGACACGUCACCAUCAUCACCGCAAGUUCCAUCCCGUACACCAACCACAGCAGAAGUGUCAGAAGAUGGAGACUCUAUAUUAGGUGAUGUGCCAAUCGAAAGAAUAGAAUAUAAGCCUCCAUUGGCUUUGCUGGAAUGA